AUGUUGCUAUCGCUCGGAAUUGGCUCACAGAUCGGGAUACUAGAAGGGAUGCUGUGUACCGUCUUCGACAUUGAAAUACUGAAGAGGGUCAGCAAACAAUACAUAACAGCUGUGGUUUGCGUGAUCUGCUUCCUGGUGGGCAUCAUCUUCACCACCGGAGCGGGCGAGUACUGGUUGAGCAUGUUCGACUCAUUCGCCGGCACCAUAGGCCUGGUGGUGGUGGCCCUGCUGGAGAUGAUCGCUGUCAUAUACGUGUACGGCCACGAGAAGUUCACCAAGGACAUCUACGAGAUGACUGGCGUCAAGCCAGGGAUCUACUGGCAGAUCACGUGGCGCUAUCUGGCGCCCUCCAUUAUGGUGGUGAUUCUGGGAUCGUCGAUAGUGUCGAUGGUCAUCGAUCAUCCCAAGUAUCAGGCGUGGAGCAAGGAGGAGGUCAGUGGAGAACGAGUGAUGUAG